AUGAAUGAUGUAACUGAGGUGUUCACCGAUCCAAAAGCACUCACUACAUCAGUAUUCCCACCAAAAAUCAAGGCAUUCAUGAAUUAUUUUGAUGAUUUUUCGAAGCAAUGUUAUAAAUCAGCAGUAGAACACGUUUCUCAAAAAAGAGCAAACAAGCUUAAAGCAGACGAUACAAAAACAACCGAACAUGAUGACUUAAUUGAAUAUUUUCAAUCUUUUUCUCUUCAAGAAAUCGCAAAUAAAAUUAAAGAUUUUCAGUUGUAUAAUAAGACUAACGCCUUUAAUGAUUUAUUCAGAGACAAGCUAAAUGAACUUCUAAAUGAACCACCAGGACACUUAGGAAUGAAAAUAUUAAUUUCGACAUUAUUUUGUGAUAUUUCAUUAAUCGCACAUUUCUUACAUUCAUCAGAAAAGUUCUCUAAUCAUGAAGAUUAUGAUUUCUGUAGAAGCGCUACAAAAAUGUUAAUCAAUUCUCCACAACCUCCUUUGUUUUAUCCAAAUAUUCUAGCGGAACCAACACAAUCUAUCGAAAUACCAGAAAUUGUUCCUGUUGUUCCUACGUCAAUUGCUAUUGUUGACAGCUCAUUUUACAUUGGUAUGCCAGACAAGCAUCUGGCGAUUGUGGAAGUGAAAGGAGACAAAACAAUUGCAUCCAAAAUUAUUCCUUUCGAGGUCUUUUCCGUUCCUUUUUCAAUUGUUACGAAAGGAAAAGUAUUAGUUUUCGUUGCAAAGGAUCUUCCACCCCUGAAACUUACUAAUGGUCACUUUUACAACCUACAGGUGAAGUUCCCUUUUUCAUCUGUAUUUAAUAAGAGUUUAAUUGCAAAUUUCGAACCCCCAACUAUUUCGGACGGAAACAAGUUUUACUGCGUCAGAUUUGGCGAUAAUCCGUCUAUUUCUACUUAUAUUAUUGAUGAUUUAAUUAUUCGUUACCAAGAUUCAGUCGGAUUAGUUAAAAAUGACCAAGAAAUGAUUCCUCCUUUUACAGAGUUACUUCCUUUGAGUCAAAAAAAUAUCGCUUCCAUGUCAGUUAAUGGCACAUUUAUAAAUUUCAUUUUAUUUCAAGAUGGUGUUCGAGUUUGCCGCAUAUUUAAUGUUAUCACUGGCUAUCAUCUGAAGGAUGUCCUGCUAACAUCAGAUAUGCCGUUCAAUUCCAUGAUUUUCGACCCACAAAGAUUAGGAAUUUGGAUUUUGACGGAUUCUACACUGAAUUUCUACAAGAAUUAUUCUAACAUAUCACAUUCAAUGAUCAAUUAUAUCAUUCCAAAGUUUAGAUCCGAUUAUUCAACUGCAAAAGACAAAUCUCAGCUCCAAAUAUAUACAAGUGCAUUAUCAACAUACACGCAACAGCUCAUUGGCUCAAAUUCACCUGAUUUAGUGUUCAGAUUUACUGGAAAAGGAACAAAUUGUUUGGAAUAUACAGUAAUUCAAUUUAUUAAAGAGAAAAAUUUCAAUUUAGCACAAAUGUUCAUGAUAUACUUACCAUUAAACUACGCACAACCAACAUUUCGUGAAGAAUACUCUUCUCAACUCUUGAAUUUGUUGAAUUCUUGUUAUUCAGACACUAAUUACAAACAAUUACAUAAGACGAUAGUAUAUUUAUUUUUGUCUUCACUCGACCACUUUAUUAUGACCGAUAAAAGAAUUUCCGAAAUUUUGCUUCAGAAAAUUCUAUCGUCUGCCGACAAAUAUUAUGUUUUAAUUUUCAGAUAUAUGGAUACGUCUAAGAGUUUCCUUUCGAUUAUGAAGCCAAAUCAACUCUCUGUUUUUGUUAAUUUUAUUUUCUCAUAUGAUUUGAAAAUUCCGGACUUUAUCUACGGUAUAUUGUAUUCUAUACAAGCUCAUGCUUGCUGUUCGCAGGAUCCUGUUCUAAUUAAUAUGCUUUUGCAAGAAUUUUCAACAAGAUUGCUGCAAACUUUCACAGAAACGAAUGAUUUCCAGAACACUAUCAUCACAAUACUUAUUGAGAAGUUCGUUGCCUGUCUAUCGCAUCUUGCUAAGAGGUUUUUAGAAUUUUAUAAGCUGUCAUUUAAUCUUUUUGGACUUUCCAGCGCCUUGACCAAAUAUAUAGAUGAUGGAAACUGCAAGAUGCUCAACAAACUGAUCUUUGAGUUCAAAUUUUCUGCUUUUAUGAUCGCAGCGAACCAAUUAAGGUCAAAACACUUCAUUAUCUCAAAGAACAUCCAGCUUAAUGAGUUUGCUGAUGGAAAAUACACGUUUAACCACCAAAUUCCUGAUUGUUUCAAAAAUAUUUUGGAACAAAUCUUCAAACAAUCAAUUGUUUACAGCCAAACACCGAAAUACAUACAGAAGAAAGUCGACAAACUCUGUGAAUUGAUCGAAAACAACCCAGAUCAGAAAGAUCUCUUCAUGGCAAGGGCUAAUUCGUUAAUUCCUAUACUUCCUCAGCCAUUUUAUUCCGUAGUUGGUCACCUGAGCGGCCACGAAGCCAAAAUUUUCAUCAAAAAGUCCGAAAUCCCCAUCACAGACGUUGUGAAAAUAAUGAUGGAACAUUUUGACACGAAAAACAACCUUGAUUUGCUGUUUUUCGACCAUGUACAGCAUAUAUUCCAGAAGCAUUAUGACAAGUUCUAUUACAUUGACCUCCAGAAGCUCCAGGAAUUCAUAAUGAAGUUUUAUUUGGAUAUCAAAUUCCCAAUUCCACUUUUGAAGUACUCGAAAUGCAAACUAAUAUAUUCCAUGAAGGACAUACUUGCAGGAGAUAUAAACAAUCAGUACGAAAGAUUCUGGGAAUUGGUUGAUAUGUCAAAUUUGGUCGAUGUCUUCACACAACAGAUCAAUAAUACGCCAAACGAUAUCUACUUCAGCAAGGAAUUACGUGUACAACUGAUAGACAUCCUUUUAAUGGCGAAAUUGAUUAUUAAAAACCGUAAAACUCUGGAUCCGGUCACUUCCAAGGUCUUAGAGAUCUGCAAACAUGUGUUUUACUCCGGAUACGCUCCAAACAUCAAGAUUUGUCUUGAAAUUUAUGAGAUGUUAUUCGAAUAUGACACAAAAAGCACAGAAUUCCUUUCUUACUGCAUCAAUGUUAUUGGCAAUACCAUGUUUAUGCAUGACAUUUGCAUUGAUCAGUCGAAUUUUGCAGGAAUUCUGCAUAUUGCAAAUUUAUUUGCAAUUUUCUUUAGAAGAUAUCUGAAGCAUAAAGAAAUAUACAACGAGUUCAUCAAUAUGCUUCGGAAUCCUUCGAAACAAGUCCAAUUGUUGCUGUUAAUAAUUUGUAAUAAUUAUUUUAACGUUCCAACAUAUGGACAAAAGGUUGAAGUGAUGCAGGAUGGAAAGCUUAUAUCAGGAACAGUUGAUAAACUUCAUUUACCGAAUGUUUUGAUCAUAAAUAACGAAAAUAACGAAAAGAUUUCGAUAAAUCCAGAAAAUAUCUUGAAAACAGUUGUAAAAGAACAUCAAGAUUUCGAUAUCUCUUUGUUUAAAGAUGAUUUCAAACUAAUCCUGGAUAUUUUCGAAAAUUUCGAAAAUGAUCAAAGCAUUUUCAGACCAUUUUACUUUGCAUCGCUUGCAACAUUUUGUGAAAUCGACGAAUUCGCUCAGAACAUGUCAGAAAAGUUGAUUCAAAAGAUUAUUGAAUAUUCUUCUUUGCCGAAGAGAAAUUAUGAGAAUUUAGAGAUGAUUUUCAUGAAUUCUCUGACGAUUUAUACUUCUCCUUUGCCGUUCUUCGCUUUUGACUCCGAAAAAGUCGAAAUUAUUGAUAAUAAAACUUCAAUUAUCAAUUAUCUAGCGAAAUUCGACAAAUUCUCCUUUGACGAUUCAUUAAUAUCAAUGGAGGAACCAUCAAAGUUCAUUUCAACACCAUUGCCGCUUUGUAUUCCUUUCGAAAUCGAUUUUGAAAGUUUCGAAAAUUCCGAAAAAGAAAAUUUCCAAAUUUUUGUCACUUUUUUGGGUGAAAAAGAUAAUUCCCGAUUUUUAACAGAGAAAACAGGCCAUAAAACCAAUCUAAAAAUAGUUUGCGAUCCAACAAGCAAAUUAUUAGCAGUUGGCGAAGAUAAUUAUUUAAUUCAACCAUGUGUUGACAUUUGUUACAUAACUAUUUUGUUAUCUGCAGAUGUUUUCAUUAAUUAUCAUGUGGGAAUCGAUUUUUGUUACACGAAACAAACGAAAUGGCCUGAAAUUUUCAAAAUUCCUAAACUUAAAAAAGAAAAAAUUGAAGAAAUCCCGUUUGAAGACUCGAUUUCGAAUCUUUGGUCAAUAAUGAAUGAUUACUCACUUGAAUUAUCAUCCAAAUAUUGUAGACAAAGUCUUUCAUGUCUUAUCAAUCAAAGGAAACAAGAUUUUAGAUUAAUUUCAUCAUUUGUUUUUAAUCAAAUUUUUGAAAUUGAAAAAUUCAAAAAUUUGAUUUCAGAAGAGUUAAUUGAAGCAGUUUUUGAAAUGUGUGAAAAGAAAUAUGAUGAAAUGAAACAAUUGAAUAUUUCAUUUAAUAAUAAUUCAGCAUAUUUCAGUGACGAGAAAGAAGAAAAUUCAUUAGAAAUCAGAGAAAAUGUUUAUUUGAAUAUUCCAGAAAAUGAAAAUUCGGAAACAAUUAUUUCAUUCAAAUCUAUUUUAAAUGAUUGUUUGACAAUUGUUUCUUUUAUUAGCAAAGACAAAGAAGAUUUCCUCGAAAGAAUCAAGUCAUUUGAACAGUAUUUUAGUGAUUUCGAAGAUUUCACUCAUAUCAAAGAUAUUUUUAUUCAAUCAAAGUAUUGA